UUGUAUCCUUCUUCCAUUACACAGGCCUUCGGACAGGCCCACUCCAACCACAGGAAGGUGGCGGCUGACGGCGAGAGCCGCGAGGAGUCGCUGAUCCAGGAGUCAGCGUGUAAGGAGGCGUAUUACGAGCAGCGCAUGCAAGAGCUGCAGGCAGAGCUGCGACAAGCACGUAACAUCCUGACCAACGUCCAGUCAGAGAACGAACGGCUCGCCACCAUCACUCAGGAACUCCGAGAGAGCAGUCAGAUGGUGGAGCUGCAGAGAUCUCGUCUGCGCGACGACAUCAAGGAGUUCAAGUUCAGAGAGGCUCGUCUGCUGCAGGACUACAGCGAACUCGAGGAGGAGAACAUCACCCUGCAGAAGCAUGUUUCUGUCUUAAAACAGAGCCAGGUUGAGUUUGAGGGUCUGAAACAUGAAAUUCGUCGUCUGGAGGAAGAUACCCAGUUUCUGAACAGCCAGUUGGAAGACGCCAUCCGUCUGAAGGAGAUCGCAGAGAGGCAGCUCGGGGAGGCGCUGGAAACCAUCAAGACUGAGAGGGAGCAGAAGGCCGCCUUAAGAAAGGAGUUGUCGCAGUACAUGACCAUCGGAGACUCGAUGUACCACAGUCCUUUGAGCAUCUCCCUCGAUGGGCUGAAGUUCAGCGACGACACCUCAAUCGAGCCCAACAACGACGAACCCCUCCACAUCUAUGAAAAUGGCUUUGACAAGAUCGACAACAACGACAACCGUGUUUCCACGCCCAAAAAAGGAGAGCGGUUCCACCCUUCCUCCAGCCUCGUGGACAAUCUGCUGAAUGAGCUCAACAUCUCAGAGAUCCAGAAGCUCAAACAGCAGCUGCUGCAGGUGGAGCGGGAGAAGGUGACGCUGCUGUCGACCCUGCAGGAGUCUCAGAAGCAGCUGGAGCAGGCUCACGGAGCGCUAUCUGAGCAGCACGAGAAGGUCAGCCGUCUCACCGAGAACCUCAACGCCGUCCGCAAACUCCAGGCCAGCAAAGAGCGCCAGUCCGCUCUGGACAAUGAGAAGGAUCGCGACAGCCACGAGGACAGUGAAUACUAUGAGGUGGACAUCAACGGCCCCGAGAUCCUGGAGUGCAAGUACAAGGUCGCUGUGUCUGAGGCGAGUCAACUGAAGGAGGAGCUCAAAACGUUAAAGGCAGAACAUUCAGCCUGUCAGUCUCAGUAUAAGGAGGAGCGGGUGCAGCUGGAGAGCCAGGUUGCAUCUUUAAGCACACAGGUCUCUUCUCUGGAGCGCAGCAGCAGAGCCGACCGCGAGCAGCUGGCACGGCUCGAGAAAGAGCUCCGUCAAGCCAGCGAAGUGGCAGGCGAAUCCCAGGGCAGCCUUAACAUCGCACAAGACGAGCUUGCCACCUUCAGCGAGGAGCUAGCCAACCUCUACCAUCACGUAUGCAUGUGCAACAACGAAACGCCGAACCGCAUCAUGCUCGACUACUACCGCGAAGGUAAGGCUGGCGUUAAUGGCACACAGACCACAGGCUGGGGCAGCCCUGACGGUCGCGGACGCCGCUCUCCCAUCCUGCUGACCCGCGGCCUCUUCCCCAGCGACGGAGCUUCGUCUCCGGUCUCCUCCGUCCCGUCCCCGGUGCCUGAUCCCCGCAAAGAGCCCAUGAACAUCUAUAACCUGGUGGCUAUCAUCCGUGACCAGAUCAGACACCUGCAGCUAGCGGUGGACCGCACCACCGAGCUCUCGCGCCAGCGCAUAGCUUCCCUGGAGCUGGGUCUCGGGGCAGACCGAGACCAGGAGGCCAGCGUGGAGGAGAUCCUCAAACUCAAAUCGCUCCUCAGCACCAAGAGGGAGCAGAUAGCUACGCUGAGGACCGUCCUGAAGGCCAACAAACAGACCGCUGAGGUGGCGCUGGCCAACCUGAAGAGCAAAUAUGAGAACGAAAAGGCCAUGGUGACUGAAACCAUGAUGAAGCUUCGCAACGAGCUCAAAGCCCUAAAAGAGGACGCAGCCACUUUCUCCUCGCUCAGGGCCAUGUUUGCCACGCGCUGUGACGAGUACGUGACUCAGUUGGACGAGAUGCAGAGGCAGCUGGCUGCUGCGGAUGAUGAGAAGAAGACGCUGAACUCUCUUCUCCGUAUGGCCAUCCAGCAGAAGCUGGCACUCACCCAGCGGCUGGAGGACCUGGAGUUCGACUACGAGCAGACCCGCCGCGGCGGAGCCAACGGCCGCUCCAAGACCGCCUCCUCGCGCGGGAAACCCACCCAGUCCCACGUGAGUCACCCUGCCGCCGCUGCCACCUGCGGGGGUCGAGCCGAGCCCAACGGCCUCCUGGGAACGCCGGUGGUGUUCUGCAGCGAGAAGUACAAGAUCUACUGCGACUGAAGCGGCUAACGUUCAGCCUGAGCUGGAACUCGACAUUCCACCACUUCCCACAAACCCAGUGCUCCCAAACCAGUAACCUGUCUCGGCCGUAUGUGAGAGACACUGGAUGGCUGCCUUUAUUUUUGGAAACCAUUGGAAACUCAAACCUUUUAUCGUUGUUAUGCAUUGUACACUCGGCGAAUGAGCAGGAUAUAGUACAUUUACAUUCACAGAAGAACAUUUGUGGUUCUUUUGACACACAUGCCAGAGGUCACAAUGUCCUGAAAACUUGAACUCUUAAAAAUCAACUACAAAAAAAGAAAAUGGGCUAAUGUUCUUUUUCUCAAGACAUUCAUCUGUGUUUUGAGAUUCUGUAACCUUUUCUCUUUUAUUGUUAGGUUAUAUCACUUUUUAUUAUAUCAGUCUAUAGUUUGAGGCGUUCUGGUUUGAGUCGGUUCACGUAUUUUACACUACUAUUUUAAUAGUAUUUGAUUUCAUUAUGUACGUCCUCUGUAAACAGAGCUCAACGUCACAUAAUCCAUAUCUACUCCAGUUCUGCCAUCUUUAUGAAGUGAAUCCAUAAGAUUAUUCAUGUGUUUUAAUGAAAUGUUGUUUCUCACAUUCACACAUUUUAAUGCUGGGCUUUUGUCUAUUUAUUAUUAUUAUUUCGUCUAUAUAGGAAUAUUUCAAAGUGAACAAAUAAAAAAAAAAGUGGCUUAAUCUAUUCACAAGGAUUUGGUUAAACAACCAGCAAAUCAAUAAAAACACUACAAAAUUGAUGUUUUCGUAACACUUCACAAUAAGGUUCAAAUAACAAUAAACAAUGCAGCCAUGUAUUAAUCUAGAAGCAUUUCUUUAUAUAGGAAUAAGUUUUUAACGUUGUAUAAAUCAACAUUAGGUUAAUGUAUUAUGAAUUAACAAUGAGCAAGAGUAUAUUCAUAUAUUACCAUUAACCUGGAUGAAUUAAGAUUGUUCAGUUCACUUAUUGUAAGUGUUUGCGAUUUUUCUUUCGUUCGUUUCAAGCACCUUCGUGGGUCACUGACCUUCUGCAUUCUGUACAAGAGGAAAUGAAUUCAUUCCAAAUUGGAAUGCUGUAAUUCUCUGUCUAUCGUGCCAAGUGUCGGUACAUCGUUUGGGUUGGUGUUAAAAGGAUCAGAAGCGCUGAGACGAGGGUCUGCCCUGCUUUACCUUACCCUCAGUUUGGUUCGUUUUUCGUUUAUGAUCUUCAUUCUGACCAUUAGUGCCUUUUUGUUCUUUGAAGAGAGAAUCCUAGCUUAGCGUUUAGUUUUUGUAUUUUAUUUUUCUCACUCCUUAAGGAAGAGCAGCAGAUGACUUGUUCUAAACUUAGCAGCAGCAAUAAGUACAGAAGACAUUCAUUCUGUUUUCAAGGGUGUGAAGAUAUCAGUGAUUAGAGAAAUAAAACAGAUUGUACUGAAUUCGUCAGGUCAGUGAUCCUAAUAGCAAAUUCAGGGGUUUUAGAAAACGUUAUGUUUCGUCAAAUGGUUUGAAGCCAGAAUUAUCGUUUGCCUCAAUAUGAACAAAAAUUUUGAGACACGAAACCUGUGUGGUGUUUUGUUGUCGGAGACUGGUGUUAUUCUAGCUUUGUAUGGUGAGGUAGCUGAGGUCAUGUGAUAUCGAUAGUAUUGUUAACAAUUGUGAGAAAGCUUGUGUCCUCUUUCUGUCCAAUUGUUUUGUUUUUUUACAUUUUUAUAUGAGCAUUACAAUUUCAGGAAACAGAAAACGUUGCAUCAACAAGCAAAUGGUGCCACGAAAGUCACAUUUUGUUUGUUGAGGCGUAAAAUUAAUAAAUACAGUCAGCAAGUGAGGAGGAACUAAAUUAAGUGCAAUUAAACCAAAACGAAGUUAUGUGGUAACUGAGGUUUUCUGUUUGCUGGAAGUGAUGGCAUUGUGAUAUUCAACUAGCUGUGGAAGCUUAUUAUUGGAAACUCUUAUUAUUGUGUUCCAGUAUUGAUCUAUAAGGACCUAUAAGUUUGAUACCUUUAUAUAAAAUAGCAUUUGUUUGUUUGUAUUAAUUUGUCAGUACUGAACUUUAUAAUGUGCAUUAUUAUGUCAUAUGCAUGUUUCUUUCAGCUAUGAGACUUGUACACGGAACCGAAAACAAACUUAGAACUCCAAAGACUUGGAAAAAGACAAAAAGCAGAAGAGCGAGUAAUGUUUGGUUUUUAAUUGGUCCCUUACUCGUGUACUAACUGAGUUGAAGUAUUGUUUUCUAGAGGUUUGUCUGUGUAGAAGUAGUCAUGCUGGCUCAAGUCAGUAAAUACAAAUAAAAAGUCACUCAGC